GCCCUCCGCCUGCCCGGGCAAGUCGGUCGCGCCAUGAAGCUGGGCACCAGCGCUGUGGCGCUGGUGCUUGCGGUGUGGAUAGCCCUCAGCGCCGGUCUCAUCAUAUUCAACGCCAAGUUGCUGAACAGCUUCAGGCAUCCCAUCCUGCUGACAUGCUGGCACCAGUUUGUAAGCGUCGUCUUGAUCAUGUGCGUCCGCGCCGGGUUUCCCGCUCUGGUGUACACUGGAGACAUAGAGAAGCAGUUGCCUCCAUUGACGCUCCGCUCGGCCAUUGCGCUGGGCUUGCCCGUCGCGGUUUGCCAGAGCAUUUGUCUCUUUGUUGCGCUGAGACCUUGCCGGGGGAUGGAGGCCGGGCUGGCGAGGCUGCUCCACGACUUGGGGCAGGCGCUGACCACCGCCUUCGUCGUCCGGGCCUCAGUGGCCGACUGCCCGGACUGCUGGUGCAGUCCGGCCUUGCACUGCCCAGCGCUGCAGUGCACGUGCCCCAGCGGCGAGGGCACCCUGGCGGCCGCCGCCACCCCGGGGUGCCCCGGGUCCCAGCUGGCCUGGGUGGCUGGCCUCUCGCUGCUCCUGGGCGCCGUGCUCGGGGCCGCGGCCGUCUCGUGGGCCUUGCGGCCUCGCCCGAGGGCGCUUGCGGCGCCCGCCGCGGCGCCCGUGGAGGCGGACAGCGCGCCGGUGGGCGACGACCUCGCGCACCUCGCGCUGGAGCAGGCAAAGGCCUUCCGCAGGACGCCGGGGUACGUGAUGACCCCGGACUUCGACGAUUACGGCGAGACCACGAACCCAGACGCGGACGUGAUGGAGAUCCAUUUCGUGCACGGGCAGGGCGGCAGGGCUGGAGGCAUCCCGGAGAACCGGGUCUACAGGUUUCGCCGCCUGCCCACGGCGGCCGAGAUUUGGAGCGCCCUCCGCCGCGGGGCAGCGCUGGGGUACGGGCCGAUGCCCGCUGGGCCCUUCCUCCUCACGCUGUCUGCGGUGAACUGUGCAGGCGCGCCGGCGGGCAGCAUACCGCUGGCGGACCCGGCGAUCGUGGGCCCCCCGCCGGGCGGCGUGGCCGGAGCUUACCCCGCGGCAGCGGUCCCAGGCGUGCUGGCGCUUCCUGGGGCGGCCCCGCCUGCCCCACCGGCGGCCGCGGCCGCGCCAGCGCCGGCAGCCGCGGCCCCAGCCGCCGUGGCCCCCGCCCCCGGGGCGGCCGCUGCUCCAGCGGGUCGGGCGCCGGCGGUGCCAGACACCGCGGCGGUUGCGCCGCAGCCGAGCGGGGAGCCCGCGCCAGGCUGGCACUGGGUGGCCGCCGAGGACGUCGACGGCGCCGUGACGUUCGGCGCGAAGGUGGCCGUCGGGGUGCCGGGCGGAGCGACCCUCGUGGGCCGCGCGGGGCGCCGCGGGCUUCUCACGCUCGCCGGCGGCGCCGGAGCCAGCGCGGUGCUGCUGCAGGACAGCGAGAUCCCGUGGUUCACGCAGGAGUACCGCGGGAGCGACGCGCGCACGCUCGAGAUCCCGCCAGGAGCCGGGCAGCCAGGCGGCAACUCUCGGGAGUGGCGCGAGGUGGUGCAGCUCUGCCGCGAGGAAGCCGUCCCGGGGUUUGGCGUAGCUCCGCCGAGGACGGCGCAGUGGUGUGCCAAGUACCAGGUGAAGGAGGGGGGCCCGGUCCUCCAUCAUGAGAUGUGGAAGUCAAAGCGCAGGCUGAACCCAACCGACUUCGGGGUGGACAUGCACGAGACGAUCUCCAAGAUGAUCGAGGCCAUGGGCUCGGCCGACCACCUGGACGUCUACAACUUGGCGAGCGCGGAGCUCGGCUACAGGAAGCUCCAGCUCAUCGAGCACUACUGGGACGACAGGAGCGCGGAGCAGCAGCAGCACAACAUGCGGAUGCCCUUGGAGGAGGCCUUCGCAUUCAUGGGAGGCUCGAGGUCUCCCUCGAUGGCGCGCCCCGAGCUGCUCGAUUCGGUGUCGAAGGAGCUGGAGCGGAUCCACAGCAUCAAGAAGAACGCGAGGAAGCUGAGGGAGGAGCAGAAGGCCAACAAGGGCGGCCGGGGUGAGCUCGUGGCCGAGCUAGUGGUGGCGCUCAACCAGCUGGAUGCCGGCUCUGAUGACCCGCCGCGCCGUGCUGGCCAGGAGCCCAACAGGAUGCAGCAGCUUUGCCUGGAGCAUCUCGCCGAUAGCUGUGCGGCGAUGGGCUCCAUUCCCCCAGACUUGUCGACCGAGGUGGCCCUCCGGGAGCUCCAGGUUGGCGCCGGCUACUCCGACGGCGAGCCCGUCGCGGUGGCCCCCUUCGCGCACGACCUCGUGUCUCUGCCAGCUGUGGGCGGUGCGCCUGUGCCCCUGAGCCAGUUGUUGGGAGACGACGGUCCAGACAUCGUGCGAAGGUUCAUCACUUCGAAGGUUUUGCCAAUUCAAAGCGCCGAGAUUUUUAAGAAGAAGGCUGGCUUCGCACGCCCUUACCUGGAUCCAGUGCUGCGGCAGCCCGCGGCCUACCUGGCCUUCGUCGAGAGGAUGAGGGACGGUGGCAUGCUGGAGUUCAGGGUCGAUGAGGGCAAUUUUGAGGAAGUCGGUCUAUUCACCGUUUGGAAGAAGGAUGGUCGCCAGCGCCUGGUGAUCGAUUGCAGGGGCAGCAACUUCAGGUUCGCGGAGCCCGACAAGACCAGCUUGGCGUCCGGGGGCAGCUUCAGCUCCAUCGAGCUGGCGCCGGGCGAGGUGCUGUGGACGGCGGGAGUCGACAUAGCGGACGCCUUCUACAACAUGGGCCUGCCGCCGGAGCUCCGGCACCUCUUCGCGCUCCCGCGGCUUCGGGCAGCGCAGCUCGGAGUGCGUGAGCUGGGCGGGCGUCCAGUUCCAGGCCGUGCUUGGGUGCGCCCGUGCUUGGCCGUUUUGCCUAUGGGCUGGACGCAUGCGCUCGACUUUUGCCAGAAAGUGCACAGAAAUAUCUUACUCCAGAAGGGAGGGUUUGAGAACGUUCCCGAAGUGGUCGAUGGCAUGCCGACGCCUCCCAUCCAGGACGGGGCCUACACAGCCUAUGUUGACAAGUUCAUUUCCUUUGGUGUGAAUCCUGACAGGCCUGCGGCCCUCCUGAGGCGCCCGCUCUUGGCCGUAUUUAGUUCUGUGUAUGCCUUCUCGAGGAAGUACUUCGAUCGGGUGAUGAAGCUGCCGCCGUCUGUCCGCCGUGAGCUUCGUUGGGCCGCCUCCCUGAUCCCCCUGGCCUGGGCUGAUCUCCGGGCCACCUGGUCUCCCAGGGUCUACGCGAGCGACGCUAGCGAGGAGGGGAGGGGCGUGUGCCAGAAGGAGGCCGGCCUGGGAGCAAUUCGUGGUGCUGGGAGGCACGGGGAGAGGUGGCGAUUUCGACGAGCAACUGCUUCGCGACCUCGCGACUGCCUCUUCGAGCAGAGCGACCCGCCGACCGCCGACACCGCGAAGGUCGAGCCGAUCGCCGAGUUCGUCGCGUCGCCGGAGGUGGGGCCCGUCGCGUCGCCGGAGGUGGCGGUGGAGGAUCCAGAGGGUAACUUGUGGAAGGUCCCGGAGGUGGAGGAGGAACUGUACGGGGGGAGGUGGCAGGUCGUGUCGAGCGGAGGGUGGGCCCGGUCCGAGAAGAUCAUCGUCCUCGAAGGUCGGGCGCUCGUUCAUUCUCUUAGGCACGCACUUCGCGACUCGAAGUCUUUCGGUAAGCGUAUCCUCUUCCUUUGCGAUAACAUGGGGCUCGUGUGUGCUAUGGAGAAGGGCCGCUCCUCAGCUGGGGGCGUCCUCCGCGUCGCCCGGCAAUGGGCCGCCUGGUGCCUGGCGGGCGCGGUGCAGGCCUCGGUGCGCUGGAUUCCGUCUGAACGGAACGUCGCCGAUGCGCCGUCGCGCCGCCACAUCCCCCUCGGGGUUUGGCUCGACAGCGCCGCGGCGGACACUGCCGAGGGCUUCGAGCAGUGGGCCGUCCGGGACGCCGGGCGCAGCAGCCAGCAGGCCGACUGCCGCAGCGCCGGCCUCGAGCUCGCCGAGCUGGCCGUCCGCGAGCCUGCCGUCGGCGCUCUGCGGGGCCCUGGAUCGCUGCUGCAGCGGGCGUCGGUGACUCCGAAGACCGUGGCCCAGUACGACGGUCUGUGGCAGGACAUCCUUCGCAUGUGGCUGCGGCUGCGUCCGGCGGGCUCCCUGCAGGCGGAGCCGGGCGACGACGAGACGGACUUCGCGGUCGCCAGCUGGAUGGACCAGGAGUACUCGUUCGGGGAGCUGGCGCAGAGGGGCACCAAGGGGCUAGCGGCGGUGAAGUACUUCCGGCCGCAGUUCGCAAAGUCGGGAGGGCUCUCCCUUCCGCGCUCGGCGCAGGCCUUGAAGGGCUGGAAGCGGCUCGCCCCUAGGCGGGCGCGGCUGCCGCUGCCGUGGGAGGUCGUCGCGCUGAUCGCGCUGGAGCUGCUGCUGACCGGCUUCUGGGCGAUGGCGGCUUGGACGAUCAUCACCUUCCACUGCUACCUGCGCCCCAGCGAGCUGCAGCGGGUUACCGCCGAGAUGCUCGUGCCGCCUGUGCCGGGGACCCACGUGGCGAACUGGGCGAUCGUGCUGCACCCGAGCGAGGAGGAGAUCAGCAGCAAGACAAGGGAGUUCGACGAGACCGUGGUGUUCGAUCUGCCGCUGUUCCACUUCCUCGUGCCCGUGCUCGCCUACCUCAAGAGGGAGACGCCGGCCGGGCAGCCGCUGUUCGCAUUCCGGCACGCCGACCUGGUGGUCCAGUUUCGGGAGGACGACCCACCCGGCGGCGCAGGGAACGCGCCUGCCCGGCUUGGCGCCCUGAGGCGGCCGUCGAGCCCGCGCGUCGACGCCGCCGGUGCGGGCGUGCAGCGGUCCACGUGCAGCCAGCGGAGCAGCGUCGGUGAGGGUGCGGGCGAGGUGGAGCGGCACAAGAGCCUUGACCGCGAGAGGGGGAGGCCAGGCACGGACAGCGUCGCAUUCUGCCAGAUGAUCAAGGCGUUCACCCCUGCGAGUGUGUACGCCAGUGGGUGUCUGCUCGGCACGCAGCAGUGGUCGAUACCGAUCGUGAAGUGCCUCUGCGUCAUCACCCUUGGUCUGGUGGUCACGAGUCUUGGUGAGUUGAACUUCCACUUGUUCGGCUUCGUGAUGCAGGUCGUCGCCUUGAUCUGCGAGGGCUUGAGAAUUACUUUGCUUGAAACCCGCAUGAAGUCACAGGGUUACAAGCUGAAUGCGCUUUCCUCAGUAAUGGUAUUCGCCCCCAUGGUCUGCGCAGUCCUGUUUGUUUCGUCUCUGCUCUUCGACAGGUCCGCCUUCGAUGCGCAGCAGAUUAGUGAGAUCGGCGUGGGGAUAUUCAGCGCCAACGCUUUCUUGGCCUUCCUCCUGAACGUCGUGAUAUACCUCGCUAUCCAGAGUGCCAGUGGUCUCGACUUUGCCUUGACAGGCGUCCUCAAGGACCUCUUGAUCGUGGUCGGAAGCUGCCUCUUCCAGGGCGGACAGAUCACGACCACGCAGCUCGUCGGAUACAGCCUCGCCAUGGUGGGCCUCCAGGCCUACGGCGUAGUCAGCAAGUCCCCGUCGGACUUCGAGGACGGGGUCGUGGCGGCGCUGCUCCGGAGCGCGAUGGGACAGGAGAAGGAGGAGAGCGCACCUCCUCCUUUCCACUCACGUCCCCUCCUCCCUCAUUCCUCCUCGUCGUCUUCCUCCUCCUCCACCCCCUCUCGUCCUCUUCCUAUCGUGUUUCUCUCCUCUUCAUCCCAGUCCUCAUCCUUCCCCUCGUCGUCCUGCCUCCUCGUCAUUAUCCUGUUCCUCCUUCCCCUUCUCGUCCUUAUCCUCAUCUCGUCAUAA